CCGUCUCAUCAUCAACAUCCACAUCACACCGAUCAGAACUGUUCGCAAUGGUACCGUUCCAGCUGGAAAUACUUGCCCUCGUUGCCGUGCUAAUCGGUUUCGUCGUCAACUCCUACAUUGUCGUUAUCGUUAUACUCACGAAACAGAUCACGUUCGCCAGCAAGAUACUGCUGCUCCAUCUUGGCGUCGUGAACGCCGUACUAUGUCUGUUCUACCUGCUCUUCUACGCGGCGAGCCUAUCCCGGCUUCUGCCGGUGGCGCUGGACGCAAUGGAUGUAGCCUGUCUGCUGUUUGGGCUGUGUUUCAAUACGCUGCACUCGAUCGCACUAUGGACGCUGUGUGCGCUCAACUUCGAUCGAUACUUUGCCAUCGCUACACCACUACACUACGGGACGUUCAUCAACACCAAGAAGCAGGUCCUGAUAACGCUCGGUGCCGGUUGGAUCGUGUCGACACUGUUCAGCUUACCGCAGGCGGUGCGCAUCUCGGCUUAUAAGUUCGACAGCGAUUACGAGCUGUGCCUACCAAACCUGCAAACGACGGAAUCGCUCAUCUACAGCAUCAGCUUCGUCCUAUUCACCAUCCUGCUACCGAUUGUGCUGAUCUUGGGCUGCAACAUGAAGGUGCUGAUGAUUGCACGCUACCAGCGCAAUCGUAUCGCUUCCGCCAUCCUGGAGGUGACACUGUCCGCCCAGCUAACCAUCACCCACCAGCGGAAUCCGUUCUUUGUGCCGAACGCCGGCCCCGGUCCGGCCGGUUCCGGACCGGCGGCCGACUGCAAACCGUACGCGCAAGCCUCCAACCAGAACAAUCCGGCCGCGAACGUGAUCCAGCUGGUCGGAUCGGCUAUCCUGUUCCACUGUCCGUACUAUUUCGUCAUCCUGUGGAACAGCGUACUACCGUUCGUCGCGAACGGUUGGCGUACACCAGCGAUGCUGCUUAAUUUGGCCUCGUUUCUGCUGCUCCUGUCGCCGACCAUCAACGCGAUACUGUACGGUGUGCGGAGCAAGAUAGUGCGCCGCUCGUUUCGCAACAUCUGGCGCAAGCAGAAGCAAAAGAUCGAGAUCCACUACGAAAUACAGGCCCGGACACCGUCGACGUGCGGUUCGCGGCGUCCCUCGCUCAGUGGCGCCCAGUUCCAGCAGCAGCAGCUGCAACAGCAACAGCAGCCACUGCUGCUUGCGUUCGGGGCCGAUGCUAGCAGGCCUGGAUCGGCUGGUGGUGCCACCACCGCACCCGACACACGCUCGGAGCUCGGCCUAGAGCCGGACGGACCGGUGCACGAUGCGUCACUGCAGUCACCUUUGGGGCGGGUAAAGUUUGGUAGCUGUUCCGCGCUGAGCGGGCCCCUGUUUGUAUGCAAUCCGCCGCAUCAUCCGCCCGCCCAUCACCAUCAUCACGGUGCCGGGCCACGGCCAAAGAUUACCAUCACGAAGAUACUCACCGACGACGAUGAUGGGACGGUGACCUCGAUACGCUCACCACCGCCCCCACCCUCACCAGCGUCACCGCUCUCGCCAUCCGUUUCCAUGUUCGAGCAUCACGGGUUCGACAUGAUAGCGGCCGCCGCCGUCGAUGGUGGGCGGCUGCCGGCGGCACUCGUCGCCACGAUACCACCGAUCUGCACCACAGACAAUCUUAGCGUCGCUCAUGGACAAUCAGGUGCCAAGCUGCAUCCCGCUGCACCGCCCCUCUCGGCCGGCCCCAUCUGCCUCGAGCCGAAGAUAUCGUUUAGGAAGUUUGCCUCGCUGCAGGAAAUUUUAGGCAACGGGACUGACUAA